AUGGCUUCCCAACCAACCCCGAGCCCCCAGACGGCCAACCUGGACCGCUACGUCGUCAUCCAUGUGGCCACGACUUGCGACGAGCACGGUGUCUAUGUCACAAAGGACUCCGCCGAGGUGAUUGAGCUAGGUUGGAUCCUGCUCGAUGCAAAGUCGUGCGAGGAGCUGCAUCGUGAGUCUGUCCUUGUAAAGCCGGUCAACACGCCAAUCACGGCCCUAUGCACCAGCUUGACAACCCUCACAUGGGACCAAGUCCGCAACGCCGGCUCCUUCCGCGACGCCGUCGAUCGUUUCACAAACUUUUACACUGAACACAUCGCUCCCAAGAACCUCGAAUUCGCUUUCGUUACACUCGACUCGUGGGACCUCCGUGUCCAACUGCCGCGCGAGGCCCGCGACAAGGCCGUGGUUCUCCCACCUUAUCUGCAACACUCACGCACAUUUGAUCUCCGCACCGAAUACCAGAGGUGGCAGGCCCACCACCCAGAGUCACUUCCGUUUGGCUCAAGCGCGUUGACCAAUAUCUGUGCAGCUCUCGAGGUGGAGCCCGUCCAAUCCUCGGCCCCCAUCAAGCACAACCUGCCCUUCCACUUGCAAGCUCUCGCGCCUGCCUCGCCCCGCCGAGCUAUGGAGGAGGCCGUUACACUGGCUCGCGUGCUUCGCGGACUCAUCCGGAAGUCACAACCCCCACAAGACCACCCAGACGUCCUUACCAAGCCCAUGGACGCCCGCGCUGACGUUCGCGCCUUUCUGUCAGAGAGAAGCAAGGUUCUCCACAUGAGCGGCCUUCCCCACGACACCACUCAGUCAGAGCUUGAGAGCUGGUUCACCCAGUUUGGCGGACGUCCCAUCGCUUUCUGGACCCUUCGCACUCCCGACCAGCACAAGCCAACUGGAACCGGCUUCGCCAUCUUUUCCUCUCACGAAGAGGCUGCAGAGUCUCUCUGUAUGAAUGGCCGUGCGCUAAAUGAAAAGGCCAUUGAGGUCUCUCCAUCGUCUAGCCGCGUCAUUGACCGCGCUGCCGACAUCAUUGUUCCUUUCCCUCCCUCCAAAAACCGUCCUCGUCCCGGUGACUGGAACUGCCCUUCUUGCGGCUUCUCCAACUUCCAGCGUCGUACCGCUUGUUUCCGAUGCUCUUUCCCCGCGAUGCAGCAGGGACCACCGGGUGGUGAUCCCAUGGCUUACGGCGGUUACGGAUACGGUGGUCACCCAGGCAUGAUGGGUCCUCCUCAGCACCACAUGGGCCAUGGCCAUGGCCACGGAAUGGGUGGCGGACACAUGCGUGGAGGUACUGGUGCUGUUCCUUUCCGAGCUGGAGACUGGAAAUGUGGUGAGAACGGAUGCGGCUACCACAACUUCGCUAAGAACACUGCCUGCCUUCGCUGUGGUGCCAGCCGCGCAGGUGCAGCUGUCGUCGCCGACUCUGCAUUCCCCUCUCCUAUGGAUACUCCCUCCGGCUUCGGUAUGGGACCUCCCUCGAUGGGCGGUACUCCCGGCGGCGGCCCAUACGGCCCAGCUGGAUACGGCGGUGGUGGAUUCCCGGCUCAGCAAUACGGUGGACCUCCUAGCUCGUAUGCUCUGCCUUCUGGUAUGGGCGCGGCCAGCCCCUACCCUCCCAUGGGUGCGCAGUAUGUGCCCAACGGCGGCAUGCACUCUACUCCCUUUGACAGCCGCUCAGCUGAAGCUGCCUUCUCUUCUGCAGACCCAUACCCCAACCAGGGUGCCGCCAACGGCGGUGACGGUCGUAACGAUCCUUUUGCGUUCCUUUCGACAGGCUUCGGUUCUCUUUCCAUGAACGACGACCGCCGCAACGUCUCGAACCCCGCCAACAAGUCGCCGGCGUAA